AUGCCUCAAGUCCGGAAUCCCAUCCUCCCCGGCUUCAACCCGGACCCCUCCAUCUUGAGGGUCGGGGAUGACUACUACAUCGCAACGUCCACCUUUGAAUGGUUCCCCGGCGUCCAGAUCCACCACUCGACGGACCUCGCCAACUGGGAGCUCGUCACCCGGCCCUUGAACCGCAAGAGCCAGCUGGACAUGCGCGGCGACCCGGACAGCUGCGGCGUCUGGGCGCCCUGCCUCACCCACGACGGCGACCGGUUCUGGCUCGUCUACACCGACGUCAAGCGCAAGGACGGCUCCUUCAAGGACACGCACAACUACAUCGUCAGCUCCCCCUCCAUCGAGGGGCCCUGGUCCGACCCCGUCCACGUCAACUCGUCCGGCUUCGACCCCUCGCUCUUCCACGACGACGACGGCCGCAAGUGGUUCGUCAACAUGAUGUGGGACCACCGCCGCCGCUUCCACGCCUUCACGGGGAUCGCCCUGCAGGAGUUCGACCCCGAGGCCGGCAAGCUCGUCGGUCCCCGGAGGAACAUCUUCAGGGGCACCGAGCUGGCCCUCGUCGAGGGCCCGCACCUCUACAAGCGCAACGGGUGGUACUACCUCCUGACGGCCGAGGGCGGCACGGCCUACGAGCACGCCUGCACCCUCGCCCGCUCCCGCGACAUCCAGGGCCCGUACGAGCUUCACCCGCAGAAGUACGUCAUCACGUCCAAGGACGCGCCCUUUGCAGCCCUCCAGCGCGCGGGGCACGGCGACAUCGUCGACACCCCCGACGGCAGGACGUACAUGGUGCACCUGACGGGGCGCCCGACGACGCAGAACAGGCGGUGCGUGCUGGGCCGCGAGACGGCGAUCCAGGAGGCCUACUGGGCCGACGACGACUGGCUGUACGUCAAGAACGGCCCGGUGCCGUCGUUGCACGUCGAGGUCCCCGGGACGAGGGACGACACGGCGUACUGGGCGGAGCAGCGGUACACGUUCGAGGACGGGCUGCACAAGGACUUCCAGUGGCUGCGGACGCCGGAGCCCGAGCGCAUCUUCUCGACCGAGGGCGGCAAGCUGACGCUCAUCGGGCGGGAGUCGAUCGGGUCGUGGUUCGAGCAGGCGCUCGUCGCGCGGCGGCAGACGCACUUCUCGUACGACGCCGAGACGACGGUCGACUUCUCGCCCGCCGACGAGCGGGAGUUCGCGGGCCUGACGGCCUACUACUGCCGCUACAACUUCUUCUACCUCACCGUCACGGCCCACGAGGACGGCAAGAGGGAGCUCCUGAUCCAGAGCUCCGAGGCCUCGUGGCCCGACGGCGACCUGACGACGCCGUUCCCGGAUGCCGUGGCGCUGCCGGACUCGGGCAAGGUAAGGCUGGCGCUAUCGAUCCGCGGGCCGAGGCUCCAGUUCUACUACGCCCUCGAGGGCGAGGAGCUGAGGGCGGUCGGCCCCGUGUUCGACGCGUCCAUCAUCUCGGACGAGUGCGGCGGGCACAAGGCGCACGGCAGCUUCACCGGCGCGUUUGUCGGCGUUGCCGCCUCGGACCUGAACGGCACCGCGAGGAGGGCCGUGUUUGACUACUUUGUUUACCGCCCCGUCCACGAUGCGACGGACCGUUAUGAGAUUUGA